AUGCCCAUCCCAAUCAUCGCCCAGGGCCUCCGGGAGGGCAUCUCGUCCAUCCCACACGCCUGGACAGUUAUCCGAUAUGCGCCAUGGCUCCUCGUCCUCGCGGCCCUGAAGUACUACUUCGAAGGAGCCCGCAACACCUCGGAACGAAUGAUGCGGUCGAAAGUCAUCAUGGUGACAGGCGGCACAUCCGGCAUAGGAGCAACAGUGGUCCGCGAACUAGCCCUCCGCGGAGCCCAAGUAAUCCUCCUAACCCGCCAACCACCAUCCGACCUCUUCCUAGUAGAAUACAUCGACGACCUCCGAACAACAACAAACAACCAACUAAUCUACGCCGAACAAGUCGACCUCUCCUCCCUCCACAGCGUCCGCACCUUCGCCACAAAAUGGAUCGACAACAUCCCACCCCGCAGACUAGACAGCAUAAUCCUCUGUGGCGGCAUCGCAGAGCCUGCCCACGCCCGCGGCCUAACCCUCGACGGCAUCGACCGCGAAUGGCAGGUCAACUACCUAUCCAACUUUCACCUCCUCAGCAUCCUCAGUCCGGCACUCCGCGCGCAACCUGCACACCGCGAUGUGCGAGUUAUCUUUGCCAAUUGCUCCAGUUAUAUUGGUGCUGAUUUCACCGAGUUGGAGGGUAUGGCGCGGCCUAAGCCUCAAACCUCCAAGACGAAGGGUCAGGGCCAGGCUGUGGUCCCACCUCCAAAGAACGUCUACGCCUUAGCCAAACUAUCUCUCACGAUCUUUGCGCAUUCCUUCCAGCGCCAUCUGAACGCCUACAAACGACCGGAUAGUCUGCCACCCUGCACGCGCGUGAUAAUGGUCGACCCAGGUCUCUGCCGGACACCUGGAACACGGCGCUGGCUAACAGGUGGCUCACUAUGGGGACUAGCGCUAUAUCUACUCACCUGGCCGAUCUGGUGGCUGGUGCUGAAAUCGCCGCAGCAGGGUGCGCAGAGUAUACUAUAUGCAGCGAUGGAAGCGGAGUACGGGCGUGGCGAUGGCGGGUGGUUGAUUAAGGAGUGUCGGGAGGUAGAUUAUGCGCGGAGUGAUGUCAAGAACGAUGAGCUUGGGAAGAAGCUGUGGGAAUUUAGUGGGAAGAUGAUUGAGGAGGCGGAGAAGGAUAGUGCUGUUCGACGGGCGCUUGAGAAGAAGAUUGAGGAGGAGGCUGAGAAGGUGAGGGCCCAGAAGGGGGAGAAGAAGGUUAGGGAGGAGGAGAGUUCAAAGAAGGGGAAAAGUGAUGGGUCUAGGAGGAGUCGGAAGGGGAAUGGGAAUGGUGGGAAUAAGUGA